AUGCCUCUGCUUCUAAAAGAAAAUGAUAACUCAACAAUUUUCAAAGUUGUGGAGAAUUUAUCAAAGAAUUACCUUGCAAAUACCAAUAUUCUUACUCUCCUGAUAAAUUCUCACUUAUUGCAGGCAAUUUAAUUUUUUUUAAUUAUAUUUUUAUUCCAACUUUAGAUUUUUGAUAAAAUAAUUAGUAAAUGAGAAAAAUUGAUUAUAUUAUGUUUUCUCUGUUAGAGAGGGAGUGGGAAACUUGACAGUCUUUUUAAUACCAAUUUAGGGAUUUCUUGCACUAGUUCAUGCAAAGUUUGCGAUUCAAGCUCAGGGGCAUGUAUUACAUGCUAUGCUUAUUUACAAUAAAUAUAUGCAUUUAUUUGCUAGCCCUUAUUUUGCUUACUAAAAAAAAUACUUUAAUGAUUAGUAGCAUGCUUCUAUUAAUUGCAAAAAGAUAUAUGACGCCACUCACAUGGAAAUAAAGAAUGGGAUUUGCUACUGUACUGAUCCAAAUGCAGCAUUUUUCCCUCCAACAAAUUUUGUGUGUGCAUGAAUGGCUAUUACUUAA